GGAUCCCCCCACUAGCUAGCUUCCCGGUCGCGGGCGUUUUCAGCUUUGCGUGAGUGCUCCUCCCUCCCCCCACACCACCACACAUCUUAGCCACACGAAACUUUCGCCUUUCCGUCGAUUUCUUGCUUCCUUUCGCGUGCGCCGCUCCGUUGCAGGUUACAAGCAAGAUCGAUCGAUCGAUCGAUCGAUCGUGUUCCUGUGUCUCUCCCUCCGUGCGUGCGUGCGUGUGUGUAUAUAAGAAGCCACCGUGCUGUCGAGGCCACGGACGGCUGGUAGUGGUGGGAGAGCAGCAUGUGGCGCGUGCUGUCUGUGUUCCGACGGCGGCGGCGGAGGACGGCGCGGGUGGUGGACGAGAGCGCGGCCGGGCGCCGCGUCGGCGCGGACGACGGGCGCGGCGGGGCAGGCGCUCUGGUGGCGAGGGCGCUGCUGGCGGUGUCGUGCGUGGCGCGCCUCGACGGCGGCGGCGGCGAGGAGGCGUGGGCGACGAGCGGGUGGCGGCCGCCGGGCGGCGACGAGGUGAGCCACCUCAUGGUGGUGCGCGAGAGCAUGCGCUACGCCAUCUACGCGUAGGCCGACGCAAAUACGAAUCAUGUGUGUGUGUUAUGAAGUUUGCGAUUUGUACCUUGAUGGACAAUUCAGCAUGAUUGGUAUGCCUUCUCCUUAAGAAAAAUACAUGGUUGCUAUGCAAGGAGUAUAUAAGAGAGAGUGUAUAGAGUGGCUCUAGUGCACACAUAGGAUGCACCGAUGCAGUCUCUAAUACUAAUUUAACGUGGUUAUGAACUUGUGAUUUGUACCUGUACAUGCAUUGCAUGUGCUUCUCUUCUGAAUUCUAACCGGUACCAUUUUCAAACCCUAGUAAUAUGGUCAUGCGUUAUAAUGGUCUUAUAAUAUGAUCAGUGGAGAGGAGAGAGGUUCUUCGAGGAGAUACGACCAUAUGAGGAGUGGGCGACGCGAUGAGGAGAAGGAGAGAACAGAGCACUCAACUUUUAAGACGUGUACUUUUCCGUAUCAUCCCGAUAUCUUCGCG